AUGAGGUUAGAGUCUUUAUCUUGUGACUCUCAUUCAAGUGAUUAUUUUCAUACUGGCCUCUGCUACUGUACUAUCUUCCAUCCCAAACAAAUCUUUGCUGCUAUAAAGACCAAGAAAGAAGCUGCAGAUCUUUCCAACAAUGCAGAUUCAAAGGUGGAAAGAGGAUGCUACAGAGAAAAUCAUACCCGGCUUCACGUCACAGGGCCUUUUAGGAGUCAUAGGACACUGGCAAAGUACAUAUCUGGAGAACAAGAAUCAAUAACCAUCAGAAGAAUAGGGGACAGCAUUGUGACCUUUGGCCUCAUGCUGGCCUCAGAUACCCCGCCCCUGGAAACUACUGUUCAUCUGUACGAAUUUGACGCCUCCAGUACUAAAGAUCGCUAUUAUGAGAAGCCUGUAGGAGCGGCCUUCCUCACACAGACGGUCUGUUUGGAUGACACAACAGUCGAAUUUGAGAUCUGGGACACAGCUGGACAGGAACGGUAUCACAGCCUGGCCCCCAUGUACUAUCGGGGGGCCCAAGCUGCCAUCGUGGUCUAUGACAUCACCAACACAGAUACAUUUGCACGGGCCAAGAACUGGGUGAAGGAGCUGCAGAGGCAGGCUAGCCCCAACAUCGUCAUCGCACUGGCGGGGAACAAGGCGGACCUGGCCAGCAAGACCAUGGAAUUCCAGGAAGCACAAGCCUAUGCAGAAGACAACAGUCUGCUGCUCAUGGAGACGUCUACAAAGACGGCGAUGAACGUGAAUGAAAUUUUCAGGGCGAUAGCUAAGAAGCUUCCCAAGAACGAGCCCCAGAAUGCAGCUGGCACUCCAGGCCGGAACCGAGGUGUGGAUCUCCAGGAGAACAACCCAGCCAGCCGGAGCCAGUGCUGCAGCAACUGAGCCCCCCUUGCCUGCCCACUGCCCCCACCUCCUCCGC